AUGUCGAUGCAGCAGCGAAAGGAUGAGAUCCUAGCCAAGCGGGCAAAACUUGCCGAGCUGAAAAAGCAACGCGAGCUACGUCAGAAGGAAUUUACCAAUAGGACUAGUGUCGGGGAUGCUUCAGAGAUCAUUUCGCCAGCGCCUAGUCACCCAGGUAACAGGCACGAGCUCGAUGACCUUAUUGCUCGUCUGGUCGAUCGCCCAGCGUCGGCCUCUCUCAGCCAAGGUGCAGAUGGCCAGUCGCGGCGAGGAAGCCGGCCAACCUCCGUCUUGAGCGCCAGCCAAUUGAGCGGGGAGAAUGCCGACGCAUAUACCUCCCCUUCGCGACCCCAAUCCCAGUCCAUUGCCGUCCAAACUAUGGGCGAGGAGCCCUACAUUUCCUCCGCAACAGAAGCCCCGCCUCCCCCUGAACUUGAACCCGACUCCAAACCUAAACCCGAGGUCGUCACCUACAGCAAGGCAGUACAAACAGAUGGUCUGGACUUCCAACCUGAAACCCCUGAGGGUUCUGUCGCCUCGGACAAUGAAGAUGCCCCUGGUACCACGCGAUCCGGCAAGCGUUCCAGUCGCCGGGAUAAAGAACGAGACGAGGAAAUCUUACAAAAGCUUCGCAAGGAGAUUGAAGAAGAGCUACGUGCUGCCAAUCAAGAGGAGGGUAACGAUAACUCAGCUGCGCAAGCACAGUUGCGGUAUCCUCUGCGCACACUUGAUGACGACGAGCUGAAGGCAGUCACAUCGUCCGACGAUUUCCUGGACUUCGUAGAACGGUCCUCAAAGGUCAUUGAGAGGGCGUUGGAUGAGGACUAUGACGUGUUGGCAGACUAUGAGCUUGGAGGCAUUGACGGGAAUCUGCAAGAAGAUGAGGAGAGUGGCAAGAAAAAGAGAGGAAUGCAAGAAGUGUCUCAUUUCUGGGACGAGCGAUGGAGCAAGAAUCGCAUAAUCAGUGAUCUGAGCUUCUCCCCAAAGUUCCCUGAACUGUUGCUGGCAUCAUACACCAAAAAUACCUCAGCUCCUCAUGAGCCAGAUGGCCUGGUUCAGAUAUGGAAUCAACACUUGCAAUCCCGCCCAGAAUAUGUGUUCCACUCUACUUCCGACAUCCUGACAGCAAAGUUCUCUCCUUAUCAUCCAAACCUUGUCGUUGGGGGUUCAUAUUCAGGACAAGUGCUUGUGUGGGACACACGAUCCUCACGUGCUGGCGGAGGCUCCCCUGUGCAGAAGACCCCUCUGACUGGCACUGGACAUGCCCAUCCUGUUUAUAGCAUCUCGAUUGUUGGUACGCAGAAUGCGCACAACAUAAUGACUGCCUCCACGGAUGGUGUAGUCUGCGGCUGGACAAUGGACAUGCUCUCUCACCCACAAGAUCGUGUGGAACUGAGUACACCACCCCCAUCCAAGACGGAAGACCUUGCUCCAACCACAAUGUCAUUCCCUCACACCGACCCUACUUUCUUCAUCGUUGGUACCGAAGAAGGAGUCAUCUACCCCUGUCAUCGGUACGAUCGAGCCGGAGCCAAGGGUGGCACAGACCACCGCCUAGCCUACAAGGGCCACACAGCACCAAUCAUGUCUACUGCGUUCCACCCUGGUCGCGGACCCGUCGACCUAGGAGACCUAAUGCUAAGUUCCAGUCUAGACUGGAGCGUUAAGCUCUGGCGCGUGCGGCCACCAGCGACCACCGCGUCUGCCACGUCCACCUCAGCCCCACAAGUCGUCUCACCAAUACUCGAUAUCACCCGUGAUGACGUUGUUUAUGAUGCUCGCUGGCACCCUACUAAGCCAGGUGUGUUCUCACUCGUCGACGGUGCUGGCAACGUCGAAGUCUGGGAUCUUGCAUCGGAUACCGAGGUUCCAGUUGCACGUGAAGUCGCCGACAACAAGCAUGGAAAUAUCAUUUCACGUAGCCUUAACAAGGUUGCAUGGGAUGAGCGCGAAGGCCGACGCCUGGCGACGGGUGGUCUCAACGGUGUCGUUACGGUAUACGAGGUCGGCAAGGGUCUCUGUGGUUUACCGGAAGAUGUCCCCGCCGAUGAGUGGACCGGCAUGAAGAGACUUGUUGGGAAGCUGGAGCAAAAGGACAAGGAUCGGGUGGCUUAA